GUCUUGCUGCUGUGCGCAUAUAGCAGCUUAUAAAGAGAGUGUAAAGUUGCAUGAACUUGAAAGCGACGAUGUGAUAUCGUUCUACCGUUGUCUAUAUUCGCGUAGCAGCCCAAUCAUUGGCACGUUAAUGUACGUUGUUACGUUUGUAUCGACUCCCCCGCGCGCGUACGCUGCCUAGUGCAGCCGAUGCGCUCGAAAUUACGCAUCGCUCGACACGUCGGGUGCAGUUGGUUACGACGACGAGAUUGCAAUCUUCAUGCUCCUCGACUGCUGCUGCUGCUGCGACGAAAUUUCAUCGGGAAGAAGAAGAAGAAAGCCGUGUCGUCACGUAAGAUGUUUCGCAUUCGACGCCAAACAUCAUGAGUGAAACUUCUCUUCGUAAGAGCAGCAGUAGUAGUGAUCAUCUCGAUCCCACACUGUGAUAUAUAACCGAAAGAGCGAGAGAAAGAUAGAAAGAGAGAGAGAGAGAGAGAGAGAAGAACACGUUGGAGGGCGAAGAUGCCGAAGACGUUGAUGCGGACGACGAGCGGCUCGAACGAUAUCGCAUUCAGCCUUCAGUCUUGGGCAUCCAAGCGAACUAUUGCAAGAGUUUCGUUAGCAGACGCUGCUGCUGCUGCUACUACUGCUGUUAUUGGUAAUAGUAGACGUUGCGACGACUGUGGCACGGCCUCACCUAACCCUGCCCGAGGAUUUUGAUAUUUGUAUAUUUGUAUUAUUAUUAUGUGUCUCGUCGACUCGUAUGGUUGACCAAAAACGACAAUGACGAACAUGAAGGAUGACGACAAUCGAUCGCCGCUGACAUCACAAACGAAGAGUGGUGAGGUCGUGCUGCCAAACGGCCAGCUGAGCAAAACAGAUGGAAAAACCAAGCUGACCAAAUGCAGCAGCAGUUUUCCACUCAUGAAGCUGUCCUCGUAUCUUUUGGCCAUCAGACCAUGGUCACUGAGUGCCUCGCUGAUACCCACACUGCUGGGCACUGCUCUGGCCUACAAGCUAACUGGCUUAGCUGGAGUCGGUCUGAUAACUCUUCUGCUGACUCUGUUCACCGUGGCCUGCGUUCAUGGAGCUGGCAACGUAGUGAACACUUACUUUGACUACAUCAAAGGAGUAGAUAGUAGAAAAAGUGACGAUAGAAUAUUGGUUGACCAAUUAUUAUCGCAAGACGAAUUAGUAUCAUUGGGAGCAUGGCUCUACACGGCUGGAUGUCUUGCAUUUGUGUUACUAGCCAUGAUAUCUCCUGCUAAAAUGGAGCACUUGGCUUUGGUUUAUUUUGGAGGAUUGUCAUCUUCGUUUCUGUACACUGGAGGAAUUGGACUCAAAUACAUAGCUUUGGGUGAUGUUCUAAUACUUAUUAUUUUUGGACCCAUAUCCGUUUUGUUCGCCUUCAUGGCACAGACGGGUUAUGCUGAAUGGAAUACUAUGUACUAUGCUAUACCCCUGGCUCUCAAUACAGAGGCUAUUUUACACAGUAAUAAUACUAGGGACCUAGAGAGUGACAAACGUGCUGGUAUAGUCACACUUGCAAUUCUCAUAGGGUAUACUGCGUCACAUGUGCUUUAUGCUUUUUUAUUGUUUGCACCAUACAUAAGUUUUGUUGUGCUGGCACUGCGCCAUUCAGUUUGGUUCCUGUUGCCUCUUGUAACUUUACCCAAGGCUUUCAAUAUUGAAAAGAAUUUCAGAAAUCCAGCCACAAUACAAAAUGUGCCCAAGCAUACUGCCAGUUUAAAUCUAUAUUUAGGAAUACUAUAUAUUAUUGCUUGUUUGCUCACGGAUCGACUUCCUUAUCUGAGGACAGCGUAAUUAAAUUUGAGAAUUUAGAGACUGUUUAACAUUGUCGGCAGCACAAUGUUUAGUGCAUAGUCAUGCUCAAGAAUAUUGAAUAACUGAAAAUGACUAAUUAAUAUCAAAUUUAAUGAAAAAACUCUAACUGAAGAGUGAUGAUAAUAAUAAUUUAAAUGACACCAUGUAUAUCUCUUGAAUUACUGAGACUGAUGUCUUAAGGUGUAAUUUUUUGUAUAGAAAAAGACAAAAAAACCUGUAAUAAUUGAUACUUGAUAAUAAUGUUUAAUAAUAUAAGUUAUUUAUUUUCCAAAGUGUGUAAACAAUAAUAACUUGAAGCUUUGAAAAAGCUUGUAUUUUAUUACUGAAUUGUGAGUCAACUAUUGAGGGUGACCAAGACAGUGACAACUAUGUACAUUGCAUAUUUUUAUUUGAUAAGUACUUAUAGUUUAUUAUUAACAUAAUUUUAUCAAAGAGAAAUUGUAAAAUAUUUUAUUCACAUAUCCGAGUUAAAAUGUAAAAUGGAAAUGUUCAAUUAUUGUACGGAGUAUAUUAACUAGAGACAAUUUAUGUUUCAACAAUGACUGCUAUUCACCAGUGAAUGACUUAAGUAUACUAAAUCAAAUAAAUAUUAUGAAUAUUGAGUAA